GCGUCGAGCGUGCUUACGUGCGUUUCGUUCGUCAAAAGAAGAAGAAAAGUCUAAAUAAUAAACAAUAAUAUAAAUGAAUUGGUCAGACUUUUCUCAUUUUUCUUAAGAAUUCUUCAAAUAAAACAAUAGCUUUCAACCUGGAAAGAUCAGCAACAUUAAAAUAGUUAAUUUUCGUUGAUUAGUACCGGUCAAUGUUCCGAAAUUGAAGCAAAAAAUAGUGUUUUGAUUGUGUGACAUAAACAAAGAAUAGUUUUGUCCUGUUUUGUCUUGCGACGGUGCUUUUUGGUGAUGGCGAUGCGAUAAUAUGGAUGUGGUAAUUAGCGUCAGGAAGUGAAAACAGAAUUUUAGCAAUCUGGUCAGGAACAGAAAAUACACAAAUGAUGCGAUUGAAAGGUAUAAAAGCCUCAGCCAUUCUCGAGCAGGGAACCAAACGAUGCCGGCGGUCCGAAUCAAAGCAGGAAGAAUGUCCCAAAAAGAAAAGAUUAGAUCUGUGGAAAAAGAUCGUUUCAAUUCUGAACAAGAUCGAAUCAAAACGCACCGGCGAUGACGAGCGGUUACUUGGAAACCAUAAGACAUUGGUGAAACAAAUUUUGGAGCGUAGGAAACGAAGGGUGGUCUAUAAAGAACGUAUGAUUGAAAAGGAGGAUGAACCCGAGGAGAUAGAAAUAAAGGCAUUGAAAUUGGCUCAAGCUAUAGCAAAGUCAAACCAUUUAUUAGUCUAUACGGGAGCAGGUAUAAGUACUUCGGCAAAGAUACCAGAUUACCGCGGUAGUCAAGGUAUUUGGACACUGCUGGCACAAGGUAAAGAUAUUGGUGAGUACGACUUGUCUCUGGCGGAUCCGACAUAUACUCACAUGGCACUUUUCGAAUUGCAUCGAAGAGGCAUGUUGAAGCAUGUAGUUUCACAAAACUGUGACGGAUUGCAUUUGAGAUCAGGUCUGCCCAGGUUUUGCCUUUCGGAAGUUCAUGGCAAUAUGUAUGUCGAAGUAUGCAACAACUGCAAACCAAAUGUAGAAUAUUGGCGGCUUUUUGAUACAACACAACGCACAUCCACCCACAAACAUAAAACUAAUCGUCGAUGUAGGAAGUGUGGAAAGCCACUAAUUGACACAAUUGUUCAUUUUGGUGAACGUGGGCAAUUAAAGUGGCCAUUAAAUUGGGCGGGUGCAACACCUCACACCGAAAAGACUGAUGCCAUUCUAUGCCUAGGCUCUAGCCUAAAAGUGCUGCGGAAAUAUACUUUUCUCUGGGCCACUGAUAGACCGAUUAAGAAACGCCCCAAACUUUUCAUAGUCAAUCUUCAGUGGACACCGAAGGACAAGGUGUCAACACUCAAAAUUAACGGAAAAUGUGACGAAGUAAUGAGACUGGUAAUGAAGCAUUUAAACAUCGAAGUUUCGGAGUAUAACCGUAUUAAAGAUCCCAUUUUUGCUCACGCUACCUUACUACUGCCCUAUGAGCAGCACACAGCGUCCCAACCAAUGUUAAAAAAUGCCAUUAAAGAUGAAUUCAGCGGAGAAGGAUGUUCGUCGAACGGUGUGGAAAUAAAAAAAGAACCAAAAUCAGAAAACUGUGUGGAUAUCAAAAAGGAGCCAAUGCUGCAACAGGUUCCUUUACUUCUAAGUCCUUCUCUACUCACACCUCAGCAGCUCUAUAUAAAUAAUUUAUUAUUACAACAACAGCUUAAUAACUAUAAUGUCGUUCUAAAUGGAGCCCAACUACGAAUAAAAAACGAAGCGUGCUCAAACGCGGCAUCCUCACCGCCAAAACUGCCGGUUCCACCCCUUGUUCCAUGCUCAUCAAAUGGGCUUCGUUCGCAAACUCCCUCGAUCCAAUCUAUUCAUCAAUCACCUGCAUCGAUUAACGUAAUCAAAAUUGACACUGCCUCUAGUCUAUUCGGAAACCUCCGUCAAAUGGUCCAUCCCGGUGUUGAUCCAAUCCCCUUGAAUACUACGGUCGCACCCUUAGAUUCAUCACCGAAUUCAGCAGUCAAUAGUGCUGCCAACAAAUUUCAUAUCCUCAUGAAACCCAUUUUGCCAGCCGCUGCAGACGUACCCAAACUUAUUCCAUUAACAAAAGUAAAAUCUGUGUCAGAUAAUUCAAUCGCAGAAGCAAUCAAGGAAAGUGAAAAGCAAACUUUUUCGCCUCGUUCUUUUGAUUCUGGAGAUAAAAGCCCAACGUUCGAGGAUACGAUCAAAAUCAGCGAAAAUCUACCGGAAUGCAUUCUUCAGCAAGAUGACAUACAGACACGAGUGCAGCAGAGCAUUACAACUGAUGAAGAUUGCAACAAUGUUAUUCAACCUUUCCUAGGAUGCUCAUCUACAAAUACACGCGACUUUGAUGGAGACAUAUUUUCCCAUAAAACUAAGGGAAAAAACCAACAUGGAAUAGAUUCUAUAUUGAAUGAUAUUAAACAAUCAUCAGCAGAGGCGAAAGUUCGUGACGAAAUUACACCAGAAAAAAACACGGUUAAACCAUUUAACGAGAAGGCUACAAAAGCUAUUGAAGAGACUCAACAAAAGAUAUCUUGUGAACCCUCGACAUUAAAUGAUCGUAAGUCAGAAUACACUACAGUUUCACCUAUGCCAGAGCAACAUUCAACAGACAUGCCAAGCAACCAAUCAGUGCCACCCAACACGGUCAAAGUGAUCCUCAGUCAUAGUCCAGUAUUCAAUUUAUACGAAAGUGCUCCAAAGUUUGUCAACGGUUUUCCACCAGGUUUGACUCUUAUCAAUCCAAUGAAGUUUCAACUUCCGAUCAAAUUGCAAACAAUUUCUAACAAUGCGACUUCCACAACCAAUCUUCAACCGUUAGCAAAAAAUUCUGUACCAUCGAAAGUUCUUGGCGAUAACCACAGUAAGAAUGUGCCAACUCCACCAAUCAAUCCUAUUGAAAGGAAAAUUCUAGCUGCCAGUAGAAUAAUCCUUGGAGGACAACAACCAAUUCAACCGCGCUUAGCAACUUCUUCAAGACCAACCGAUAUUUCUAAUCUUAAAGCCUUCAGGCUACGUAACUCCGUGUCAGAUAGCAAACCUGCAAUUAAUCAAGAUGUGACCAGUAUUACAAAGCCAGUUGGCUUACAUAUACCUAAAACACCUAGUCCGCCACAUUCUCCUAAUGGAAUGCAAAUGCGUUCGCCAUUAAUGAUAAAUGGCACCAUGUCAUCCCCGCUUGUAAUUAAUGGGAUGCCUGCGAUUAUUACCACCAAUGUGGGUGUCACGACACAGAAAGCAAUUCAAGUAAAUCCGUCACAACGAUUCCCGGUAGCCUAUGUGUUGAACAAUAAUAUCGCAAAUCAAUCCGGAAAUAUUGUCCUCCUCACAUCACCUCCUCGACCCAUAAGUCCUACGAAAGUAUUCAUACCCAACGCGCCGCCAGUUUCUGUCUCCAAAACUCCUACCAAACUACCACAGAUUCCCCCUGAUUCCGAAUCAGAACAAUCUUGUCAAGAUACAUCGAUUGCAGACUUGAAGUCGCAAUCUACACCAUCCAGUGACGAGUCGAAUCAAAUACCAUCAGAAGUUUCUCUAGGAUCCAUUAGUAUGGAUCCUGCCAAAAAGGAUGAACAUGUUUCCGCUCCGGAAUCAAUCCAGGAGACUGCUUUGAAGAUAUCAGAUUCGAAAACACCAAAAAAGACAGAUGAAAUUUUAACUCACGAUGAGACAUCACCAACCCCCGGACGAACCCGAAGUUUUAGAAUCCGGAAGAAGACCGAUUUUCUCAACAUCAAACAUCCAGAGAAGAAACGACCCAAAAAGGAUGCGUCACACGAAAGGACGCCAAACAGCAGUACUGAUUACGACAAAAGAGAGAAACAUAUUACAAGUCAAGAAUCGCCACCAACAUCCAUUACCGGACAACCAGCAGUGAUGCAGACAAUAGUGAUGUCACCAAGUGGCGCAUCGUUGCUACGAACACCACCUUCUUCACCGACCGGAGCAGCAAUACCAAUGAGAAGUUUUCUCACUUUUACACCACCAGGUGGAUACCUUCAACAAUUCAUGGCAACUGCUCCAAUUCAAGGUGGAACAGUUGAGUCUGCCCAGGAAAAGGUGAAGCGUAUCCUAAACUAUUGUAAAGUUCUUCAAGCGCAUGGAUCUGUCCCACUACCACAGUGGACAGAUGUUAACUACGCUUACUCUGGGUUGCACAGUAUAAUUCACCCGCCGCCACCAAAUGUGAACUUAUGGGGUUCCCCCAAUAAACAGAGGGACGCCACUGUCGAGUGUAAGUUUUGCUUCGAGAACUAUCGACAGUACGCAUGCCAAUUCUACGCAACACAACCGGAAGAUUUUGCGGUCAAAUCAACGAGACACGGGAAAAUAAUUGUUUGUGAAUGUUGUGAUUUUUCCGAUGAAGAGGAAGAGAUUAAGGUAGAAGAAAAGGCAGAUGAUAAUGAAAACAAAAUUAUAGAACACGAGCAGAUUACAGUGAAAGAAGAGGACAGUCCGCUUCCAUCGACUUCCAAGGAGGAGAUAAAAAUUGAAAUAGAUACCGAUGAGUUAGAAGAAAAAUUAACGGAAAAGGAACAUGUGACUGACAGUAGUAAUGAGAAACAAAAACGUAUAAAACUAAAGAAAGAACAAGCACUUGGAGUGUGUAAAGAAAAUACAGUAAAACCAACAGUUGGCAAAAAGAGUCGAGUCAGACCAGGCUGGUAUGGGAAGGGUUAUGGUAAAUUACGAAAGAAGAGAAAACGUUUUGUUUAGAGACGGAAACCAAAACUCAAGAAAAUUGUAGCAUUUGCUUGAAAACUCAGAGCAUUUUUUAUUAUUUUAAUGUGGCUAGAUAAAUGUUAGACAAAGAUUGUAUGGAGUUUCCAUGCCCCGGGACGUCACAAAAAAAUCUUCAAACUGGUUAAAUAAGCAACGUUGUUUGUCCUCAGCUAAUGACUAUUGCACAAAUGAUGUUACAUUUUAAUGAAAAUGGGCAUAUGUAUUCGUUGAUGUGACUAUACCAGCAAAAUGUACAGAAAACUAGUUCGUACUAUGUCAUUGAAUUCCUCUGUAAAUAUCACUUGUAUAGUCCUGAAUAAGACUUCAAAAAGAAGAAAAAUUUCAACCGAAAUCAUUUACUACACUUUGAGAAAUGUACAAAAAUGACAAAACAUCAUUUUCGUUUUGCAUGACUUUGUAAUAUUCAACUCCAGUAACAUGCAAAUUUGAAUUGCAAAGUGUGCUCUCCUAUAUAAAUAAAGGCAAUCGAAGAAACUCAGUGUUGAAAGUCACAAAUAGUAGCUUUUGCUGCGUUUUAUCAGGGCAAGUGGAUUGGUCAACUCAGUUGAAUUGAAUCGCCGUCAAGAAUUAUAUAUUCGUUCUUUUACUUACAUAUUUAAGAUCAACUUUCCCCUAAAGAACCCAUAAUUUUCAAAGCCUUCCUUGAACUAUGUAAAGGAUCAGAAUCAAAAACUGAUGUUGGAUCAAAAUUGGGCGAAUGUUAGGCAAAACAAAAAUACAGCCCUUUUCCGAUUUUUUGUUUUAAAUUUAAAAAUAGAGGCGUCAAAAAGUAUGGGUUCAUUGAAAAAGCUGAUUUCAUAUAAAUAAAAAAAGCGAUUAAGCAAAUAAAAAAA